GCACGCGUUCGGUACACAACAAUUCCAACAGUAUAACAGUAUAACAGUAUAACAGCAGCCAGCCAAGCGAACAGUCUAUGCAAAUCUACGUGUGGAUUACAGACAAAAAACAAUUGCAAUUUGUGCAGUCGCGUCGGUUGACCCCAACUAAAAGUAAAGUGUGAGCAGGACAAACAAUAACCAAAACGUAACGCAAUCAAGUCACGUGUGUGUUGCGUGCGUGUCCAUGUGUGUGUGUAUGUGUGUGUGUGUGUUCGACUCAAAAACAUUUUGUGCUAAAUUUGAGCUCUGAUUGAGUGUGACUCGGAAAAAGUUUGCCUAGCUGCACCGUUAAAGUUCACACCUGCCCAACACGCGAACUCUCCACCUGCACGCACUCCCUAAAACUUUCCUGACAAGUGCUUUGAGACGCCUUUUAGACGCUGUCGAAAGUUUCACUCUUUGUUGCCGCUUCGCUUGACGACUUUUCCACCUUUCCACGGGCCGGGCCAAAUCAAAGGAUUUUCUUUCUGUGCCACGCUUGAAGAAUUACUGCCAAAAUUUUCACGGACGGCAAUAAGCUCGGUCCUGCAGCUGCGGGCAGAGGAAUGUUUUGCUAUCAGUGCCCGCCCGCCCUGCAUCCGUGCGGUCCGCAUCCGCCGCGUCUGCCCACACUCGACUAUCCAUUUGCUGCCACCCAUCCAUACACCAGCUAUUCGUAUCAUCCUGCCAUACAUGAUGAGACUUUUGUGCGGCGCAAGCAGCGACGAAAUCGCACAACCUUCACACUGCAACAGCUGGAGGAGCUGGAAACGGCAUUUGCCCAGACCCAUUAUCCGGAUGUGUUUACGCGCGAGGAUCUGGCGAUGAAAAUUAACUUAACGGAGGCGCGGGUGCAGGUCUGGUUCCAGAAUCGACGCGCCAAAUGGCGCAAAGCGGAGCGACUCAAGGAUGAGCAGCGCAAGCGGGAAAAUGGCGAAAGCAGCAGUUCGCUGGAUAAGCUUCAUGACUCACGCGAAUCCUCGCCAGAUAUCACCGGCGAGAUCGAUGAUGAUAUGGAUGAGCUGCCGCCACGUCAACGUUCGCAUAGUCCUUUGACAAAUGGACCCAUGGAACAGCAGCAUUCACGCAGUCCGACUGGCGGUCAUCAACUGGACUCCAGCGACAAUGAGCGACCGCUGUCCUCUGCCCAGCUGACAGCCACACCACACUCCGCCUCGCAGUCACUGGGCUCCAUUAGCGCCGGUUCCCCAUCGCCGGGCAUGCGCGAACACACGCCGUUGGCCGGCGGCCUGGGCCCCAGCAGCCCCUCCAAUUCGCGCAACACAGACUCACCCAUCGAGGUGGGUGGCCCCAUGUCGCUGACCACCGGGUCGCGUAUGGCGGCAUCGUCCAACAACUCGGCCUCGUCCACACCAACACCAACAACGCCGCAUGCAGCACAGCUGCCACAUUCGGCAGCCGCCGCAGCCUUUAACAGUCACAUCUUUGGCAGCUUUGGAGCUGGCAGCGUUACCAACGAUAAUAAUUGCGGCUUUCGUCCGGUACUCAGCGACCAGAACUCUGUGGCAGCAGCAGCAGCAGCCGCCGCCGCAGCGGCUCAGCGCAGCGCCAAUCAUCCACCGCUUUUCCUGCCGCCGCAUCUGGCGGCUCAGUUUACGCACCAGCCGCUUUUUCCGGGCCUCAAAGGUGUGUCGCCCUUUCAAAGUCUCUGUUCGUGCUGCUCUCUGAAGCCGCCGCCGCUGCCACCGUCGUCGUCUGCCUCGACCUCGGUUAUGGCGCCUCUGAGCGUGCCGGUAAGCAGCAGCUCGGCGGCCAGCUCGCCGGAGUCGCCCAAGUCGAGUGGCGGUGGUUCGCAUGAUCCACGCUCCAAUUCGGUGGCCGAGCUGCGGCGCAAGGCACAGGAGCAUUCGGCAGCGCUGCUCCAGUCCCUGCAUGCCGCAGCUGCGGCCGGCUUGGCGUUUCCGGGCCUGCACUUGCCGCCACUUUCAUUUGCCCAUCAUCCGGCGCUGGGGCAUGCCGUUAAUCACAACAACAAUAACAACAAUAAUAAUCCGCUGCGCCUCAAGCAUGAGGCACAGGACAUGACGGCCAGCACAAUGAAUGGCCUGGGCCCGGCGGCCGGCACAGCCACAAGCUCCACAUCGGCAGCUCUGCUCGAUCUGGCCGAGUCGGCAGCGGCAUAUCAUCACCAUCAGCAGCAGCAACAGCAACUGCAUCAGCAGCAACAGCAGCAGCAGCAACACCAUGCCACUCUGUCGCCUCCGACCACGCCCACUCAGCUGCAGUCGCAGCAGCAGUUGCCAUCAUCGGCUGCAGUGCGUCCGGAUUCGCCGCCGGCAACGGCCGCUGUUAAUGGCAACGCGCUGCUCACCAAAACCGAAUAAAGGGAGCAUGCAGUGUGUGGAAUAAUUAAAUGAAAUUAAUCAUUCUAGAUUAUAAAAACUAUAUAUAUAUAUAUAUAUAUAAACAUAAUAUAUGUGGCGGAUUUACCAUUUAAGCAUUAGAUUUACGCAGCUAGAGGGCAAUACACACAUCUAAAAUACUUUUAGAUUAGUUAGCUAGACAUUUAGCGACUUGUUGGGGGCAUUCAGCUAAAAAUCUAAGCAGAGAGUUCAGUUUGAGAUUAGCGGGAGAAUCGAAAGAGAGGGAGAAUGAGAGAGAGAGGGCAAGUAAGAGCGAGAAAAGGAAAAAACACCAUAAGGAUUAAGUUUAAUUAGCGUGCACCUAGAGAACAGAGAGAGGUAGAGCGCGAGAGAAAGAGAGGGAGAAUAAGAAAAGGAUGUAGAGAGAGCAAGAGAGGAAGAGAGGAAGAGAGAGAGAGGGAGCGGUCAGUUAAACGGAUUUCUAUGUCUGACUAAAUGUUUUUAAUUUCUUUUUAAUUUUUUAUAUUUUAUAAAAUUGUAUAGAAUUUGAAGGCUUUCUUAUAUUUCUCUUUAAGUAACAUAUAUUCAUUAUAUUGUGCAAUUUUAAAAAUAGAGCUAGCAGGAAGAGUCAACUGAGCUGUACCCUCAUAAUCUGCGAUGCAAUAGCAUUUCUUUGAAAUAGUGCUCACAUUUUCGCUGACAGAGUGCCCCUUCGAAUGGUUAUAAAAUAUCAAUAAAAGAACAUAUGCAUAAUAAUAAUAUAAAAAUAUAUACUCAUGUAUAAAAGAGCAGAUAGCUAACAAAUAGCGAAAACAAAUAAGUAGAUUAUUUCACUGAAAACCUACAGCAGCCAGAAAGAGUAUAGAAGAACAGAUUGAACCAACAACAAAACAUUAUUUAAGUCAGCAAAUAUCUAAAUAAUACAAAAAAGAGCAAUGAAUAAAAUCCAGUUAAUUAAA